CCAUCCUCGAAGCGGAACGACGAUGCAAAACCCCUCGAGCUCUGUCCCCAUCUUCAUCUUAGCUCUCUCUACGGUGUAAUCCAUAGUAACUUUCCCGACCCAUCACAGUGUCAGUCCGUAUACUGUACACCAAGUGCUUUCAUAUACGAUACAUAUGUCCAGUUGUCUGUUGUCUCUGUCUCCUUGUUUCUGUUCGCAUAGCUAUAGCCAUGCCAUCUGAUCGCUACUUUCGCAACAAGGCCAUUGACAAGGCUAGCAGCAGUGGCAAGUCCUCCUCCACCGAGAAACGCCAGGAAGAACUCUUUGAGAAUGGAAAAGCUUGCACGGCUCUUGCCCGUCGGUACUUUCAGAUUUGCUUGGACUUUUACGAGGACAACAGUACGAAUAAAAGAAGAUCCUCCUCCAAGUCAUCGUCGUUGUCAUCACAACUGGGAUCUCUGUACAAAGGAGCUCUGGGUCCACGUGUCUAUCUGCGACUCCUCAUGGCGCAACAUCUCCAAAAACAACAGCAGUCGCCAUCACUGGACGACCAAAAGGAAAUUGCGUCCUUACUUCAAACCGCACUAACAUUGGCCCAACAGGUUGUUCAAGAGACGGAAACCCAAAAACCACAGCAACGAGUCACCUUGUUGACAGGUCCCUAUGUAGGAGCCAAAGCGCUCUUGGCAGCCCUCCAUCAAGCCUUGGGAGACGCGGCGUCUGCCCAGCAACAUGCCAACGAAUUGAUUGGAUUUCUCCAAACACACACUGCAACCAUGCACUCUCGCGAAUGUGAAGUCUUGUACGGACGAGCGGGAGCCAUUCAAGCCAUUUUGUUUUUACGACAACAACUCCAUGACACACAAUUGGGAUCCUCGGUCGUGGUCGCACUGGCACAAGCCAUUGUCCAAGAAGGAAUCCAAACGGCUGCCAAACACAACCAGUUGCCACUUCUUUGGGAAUGGCACGAAUCCCACUAUCUGGGGGCAGCCCAUGGCGUGGUGGGAAUACUACACACCUUGUUGUGUCUCACACCCUCCGAACGACAACAACUGCCGCAUGCGACCAAUAAUAAUUUGAUUCCACAAACCAUCCACGCCUUGAAUUCCCUCUGUUGGCCGGAAUCGGGCAAUUUGCGAAGCAGUAUUGGCAGUACACACGACAAGUUGGUUCAUUGGUGUCAUGGGGCACCGGGACACGUGCUAUUGUUGGCCAAGGCCCAUCAAGUCUUUGGUGGAACGAACUAUUUGGAACAAGCCCAAACGCUCGCCAAUACGGUGAUUUGGCCCCGGGGACUGCUCCGCAAAGGAGUCGGACUGUGUCACGGAAUCUCGGGCAAUGCCUAUUGCUUCUUGGCAGUACUGCAACAUGCAUCAAGAACAGCAGAAGCAGACGAUUGGAGACGACGAGCUUGCUACUUUGCCGCCUUUGGCAUUGAACACUGGGAUGAGCUUCACCAUGUUCCCGAUCAACCGUAUUCCGUCCAUGUCGGUGCGGGUGGGUUGGCGUUGCUACUCAUGGAUUUGGGAACGUUGGCGAGCAGCAGCAGCAACCACAACACCGAGGCAACGCGGUUUCCACUCUAUGACUUUUGAUCUAUUACAUAAUAUAGUGCCGCACCGUGCUUGAAGAAAAAGUUUUCUGCAGGCAACACAAAUAUGUACAUCGUACAUUGUGCAUGCCUGCAGACCCAAGUAUGACUAAUCUUCCACAACUUGCAGCAAAGAAGGAAAGUUGCUGUUUCCAAAAGAAAGCAGGCAGCUUGGUUGUCUUGUCUUGUGUUCUUGCCCUGUUUGCAGCUCGACCGACUUUGUGAAGGGGUCAAAAGGCUUGUCCUGCAUGAAUGAGACAAGGGGUUUUGGAUUAGGGAGGUUGUCCUGUAGCUAUGAAUGCGUCCCAAGCAAGCAAGCAAUAAAUAUUCCAAAGAAAACCUCUCUACUAUAGACCCCACUACGGUAUUAGCUGGUAGUAGGAAAGAACGGGACAGCACAAUUGAGAUCACUAGCUGCAAGCAAAGACAGCAAAGUGCAAUCCGACCACGAAGGAAGCAAACCUUGACCCAAGGGUGUAAGUUGCUUCUUCAUACAUGUAAUAGCAUCUCAAAGGUUUGAAG